AUGUUACUGUUCCAGCCAACUGUGGUUAUAGCUGGGUAUGACCCUACAUCGAGUAGCAAGUUAAGUUUCUAUGAGACGCGAGAUUUGGCCGGUGUCAAGGUCGAUGUGGAUGUGGUCAUGGUGAUAGAGAAUACAAGUCGUGUACCAGGACAACUUAAGUUCUCUGGCAGCCUUGCUGACACGACCGGCAUACAACUUGUGGCCUUAGGCAAUGGUACUCUCAGCGUCGUCAUCAUGACCGGCUACGUAAAAGGCCUGUCUUCCAGCGGCGGCGUCAAUCGCUCCGUCGUCCCACUCAAAGCCAGGCAAGCCCUCGUUGUCGACUUCGCCUUCCACGGCGCCACUUCCGGCUUCGGACUCGCCACCUUCGACGACUACGCUCUCAGACUCGCUGCGUAA